AUGGAUGCAAACGAGCUUUCGGUGCUACGAUCGAUCGUAGAUUUCGUGCGUAUCAGUGAGGUGCCCGAAGUGAAAAUUGUUCGCGAGAUUCAUCCGAAUGUGGUUAAGGCGAUGCAGCAGUUCUUGGCGUCCAAUGAAGAACUUCGCAACAUUUGGAUCGUCCCCAUGAAGAAUGCGGUCGGACUGGUGAUAAAACGCGUUCAAUCUGCCGGUAGUGGACAGUUCUCGAUAGCGACGGAACAGAAGCUACAUAAGGUCGCUGAAAUUGCCGAAUGUUGCACGUCGGAAAAUCUCCAGGAACGGUUCAGGGUACGGUUCACGAUACCGAUAACAUGGAACUUUUGGUUUAUCGAUAAAAAUGUGGCACAUCUGUCGCAUAUUCCUUCGGCCUGUCAGUAUGAUACGGCCACCAUGGAUCGACGUAUGCAGCUACCAGCAUAUCAGCACCUGAACACCCGUACUAUGUUCUUCAGUUUGGCCCAUUCGAGGGUUUCUAUUGUCCAAGGUACUGCAGAUAGUGGCAAACGUACGGAAAUCGUCCACCAUCUGCUGGAAGCUGCUUGCAUGAGGAAAUAUUCCUGCCGCAUGAUUUACGUGAUGGAAGAAGAGGUGGAAGCGCUGGCUACCGUAGUGCGUAUAUGCGAGGAACGAAACGAAUCCAUCGGCACCACAGCGGGCUAUAAAUUGUGCAUAAAUGCGCAAGUUGGAGAAAUGAACAACGUAGUGUUCUGUACCACCCAGACACUGAUAUAUUCUUUGCUGAACAAUUCCUUCAUAGACGUUCUGAACAGAUUAACGCACCUGAUUGUGGACUGUGGUGAUCGACAUCCUAGCGAGAUGAGUUUACUGCUUUCUCUGGUUGCAAAAUUGCUAAAAUUGUACACAAUGAAUCUGGUGCUGCUGUCCUCGCGAAGUGAUGAUCCAUCGCCGUUCAGUGAGUUCUUUUCCACGGAUACGCUGGUGGUACGCGUACCUCUCGGCAAACCAACCGUCUACUACUUGCCAAGUCAACCGCACGGAGUGGAGUAUUACUAUCUGGACGAGAUUUUAGAGAACAUUUGCACUCAUGAGUCGAUUUUAAGUAUGAAAAAGAAACUUCCUCAGACUGACAAUGCGCUGAUGCUGAUGGCGGAAAUCCAACGUGCGUAUGGCUAUUAUAGUCCCAAUCGAAAUGUGACGGCAAUUAUGGACUUACUGCUUGAGCGGUGUUGGUUCGACGAAGAUGCGGAACAGUUCACGACGGUACUGUUGCGGUUUCUGGAGUACAACAAGCAUAUGGUGGACUAUCAACAUUCGAAAACUCGCUUGACCGCCCUUAUGAUCGCGAGUGCGAAAGGGUUCGUAGAUGUAGUUGAAGAGCUGCUGUCUUUGGGCGCCAAUCCGUACAUAGUGGGAAGGAAAUCCUUGCAAGCUAUGAAUUGGUGUUUUAACGGAAGUGAAAAUGUAUGCUGGCAAAUGUUGCAUACAGUUCACCAUGCGUACCAAGGUGAGGCAACCCACAGGUCACUUUUGUGCCAAAUUUAUCACAAAUUGUACAAUCCGUUCGUCGUCGAUCAGAAAUUAGUGGAGCAGACUGUAAAACAUAUCUGCAGUCGGUGUGUAUCGGGGAACAUACUCGUGAUGCUGCCCGAUUUUUCCAACGUUCUCGAGUGUUACGACAUGCUUCGACGCAGUAAGCUCGGAACACGGAACACGUUGGUGCGUUUUGUGGUCUGCAAUCAAUUUCUUACCGAGGGAGAGUUGAAAGAAAAUGUAUUGUUUUCGACCCGUGCUAGGCCGGAGAUGUACGUGGUGAUUCUAGCAGCGGGACCACUAUUGGAGUUAGUGUCGUCGCUGUUAGACAUAGAUUAUGUAGUGGACACCGGGCUAGUGGUUCACCGUUCCGGCGAUUACGCGAAGGGCAUAUGCUUCGAUCGAUCCUGCUUGGCUACUGCGCAAAGAUCCCAGUUUCUGAUGUGGCUAGCACAGCGGAAAUGUUUCAUGCUCUACCCGAAGAACUAUUUACCGCAAAUUGGUGAAGAUUCCAAACCUAUUACCAGAGCAUUACCCAAUAUGGCACGAUGCGAGGAAGUACUAAAGACUCUUGUGUUGCGACAACGAGUACGCAGAACGGAUCGAUCUGACUCGGCGUUAGAAUUCGUUUGCUCCACUUUAUUCUCAACAUGUUCUAUGAGCAUCGCCGAUUCCUUGGAGACCCUUACGCAAAUCGGAGCCAUAGAAAAACCGCUAGGCAUACCAAACAGCUUGGGCAAUUUGCUUUUCCAGCUGGGCAUCAGCGUCCAUCUGGGUAAGGCAUUGCUCUAUUCGAUUUUGUUUCGAUGUCUUGAUCCGAUGAUCACUAUUGUGGCCGCCUUGAAGGUGGGGGAUCCAUUCGUCGAGCCGUUGGACGCGAAGGGUGAGAAGGAUAUAAUGUGGUUAAAACUAUCGUUGCAUAGCCGCACCUAUAGCGAUUUUAUGGUACUGUUACGCCUGUACCAGCAGUGGAGUCAAUGCAAAACCAGCCAAACUGAUCAAAUGAUGGUCCAAUAUCGUCUCAAACCAGGAGCCAUGGAGGCGAUUUCUAAUGCGCGCGUGGAGCUAAUGUCUUUGUUACGUCUUCUCGGGAUAGUAAAGUGUGGCCGUGGACAUAACACCGAAAUGCUGAACCUUAACGCUGGCAAUUGGCACAUGGUGAAGGGUUGUCUGGCGGCCGGCUUCUAUCCCCAGCUGGCCAUGGCGGAGUUUGAGAAGAAGCAACUAACAGCAAAUUGUGGAUCGGAGAUCUUUAAACCCCAUCCUCUGUCGGUGGCACAAGUGGAUCAGCUGCCAGCGAAAUGGGUAAUUUACAAUAGAAAGCAAGAUCACAUGCUGAACGUACUGAACAAUGCGAAGGAUGCUCAAGUUCAGCUCAUAGACAACACCGUCAUUUCCGAUGUUACAUUGCUGUUGAUGUGUGGAAUCGACAAAAGCGAUACACUACGAACCGGUAAUCUGCAAACUCGUGGAUGUAUCGACGGUAAGGAAUCGGUAGAGUUCCUAAUUGAUCAGAAGUACUUGUUCCAGUUGCCGCGUGAAAUCUUCGUGGCGGUGCGGUUCAUGCGUCGCCGACUGGGGCAGUUAUUUAAAAAGUUUACGCACAACAUACUGAGAACGAUGGAGCGAAAAGAAACGGAUGAGUUGGUGAAGCACAUUGGGGAUGUACUGUACGCAGAGGACUUGAGCCUAAUGCUCACGGCCACUAACGUUGAAACGCGCCCCAAAGUAAAGAACUUGUUGCCGAUGGGUGUUUUCUGGAAUUACACAUUGGAUAUGGUCGAGCGUGCCCAGAGAUGA